UUUAUUGAUGUUUUGUGUACGUAAAGUCAGUACGAAUGGGAGCGCGGACAAGUGAUAAGAUUCAUUAUUUAAUAUGAUGUUCGUAAGUCUCCUAAUUGCGGCAGCACUAUGUGUGUUGGCCUGGGUGUACGUGCGCUGGACCCGCGUGCGGCAGUACUGGGCGAAGCGCGGGGUGCCGCACCUGCCGCCGCACCCCGUCAUGGGGAGUCUUACCUUCUUGCAGCGACAGAACCCCGGAAGAUGGAUGAUAAACACAUACCAACAUUUCAAGACACCAUAUGUAGGCGCGUGGUGGUUCUGGAGACCGACGCUCAUUAUCAACUCCCCUGAGAUCGCCAGAAAUGUUCUCGUGAAGGACUUUGCCAACUUCAGGGAUAGGUUGCUGGGUUCUGGCUCAUCGGAUCCUAUUGGGCAUCUCAAUAUUUUCACAGUUAAUGAACCGCUAUGGUCUUCAAUCAGACGUCGUUUAACAAGCCUAUUUACAGCCUGCAAACUGAGAGCUCUACAGAAUCUGCUUGACACAAAAGCGAAUCAGUUGAUAGAACGUAUUAAAAGUACAGAGAACAAAUCUGCCAUUAGCCUAAGGAUACUAUUCACGGACUACACAUCGGACGUUAUAGGCACGGCCGCUUUUGGAGUAGAGACUAAAGCCAUUAUUGGCGGCGAUUGCCCGAUGCGCAAAGUCACUAAGGCUUUCAUGACUUUCGACCUUUACCGGGGCAUUUGCUGGAGUAGCAUCUUCUUUUUCCCAGAGCUUGUUAAUGUAUUCAGGUUUACGUUUUUCCCCAAAUGGGCUACGGAUUACUUCACUAAAGUGUUCCGCGUGGUAUCUAAACAGAGAAAGGACGAACAAAAUCGUAUCGUUGAACCCAAGGAUUUAGUUGACGCUUUAAUUAAAUUAAAACAAGAAUCAGACGAAAAAAAUGAAGGUCUAACGGAGGACAUAAUAGUGGCACAAGCGGCAAUAUUCUUGUUGGGAGGCUUUGAAACAUCAGGCUCUGCUCUGAGUUUCGCAUUAUAUGAAUUAGCAUUCAAGCCAGAGAUACAAGAAAAAAUGUACAAUGAGUUAAUACAAAUAAAAGAGCAAGAUGAAAAUUGCUCGCGCUUGGAUAUUUCAAAGCUUGCAGAAGCGCCUUACGUUAAUAGUGUUAUCAAAGAAGCACUUCGGAAAUAUUCUCCAAUGGGCUGGCUAGACAGAAUAGCCGUAAAUGACUAUAAAAUAGACGAUAAUCUCACCAUCGAAGCGGGAACACCGAUUUAUGUCAACGCUAUCGGCAUGCAAUAUGAUGAAAAUUACUUCCCAAAUCCCUUGGAUUUCGAUCCAGAACGAUUUAUGCCAGAAAAUGAGAAAAACAUCAAGCCGUUCACAUAUUUACCAUUCGGAGAAGGCCCGAGAAACUGUAUAGGUAAACGCUUUGGUCAGAUUUCGGUUCGAAACGCUUUGUCACAUGUAAUAUUGAAUUAUAAAGUAGCACCCGUAGCAAACCAACCCAAACCAAAUGACAUAGAAUUUGAGAAACAUGGACUCUUCUUGGUACCAGGUCAAGAUCUCUUCGUUGACUUUAUUCCUAGAAAUUAAUUUUGAACGAAAUAAAGAAACAUUUAUUUUGAAAAAA